CAUCUUCCUUCAGGAUUCGUUUUACCAUUAUGAGCGGUAAGCAUUAAAAGAUGACGGCUCUGUGUUCAUCCUUUUCUUCCUCUUAUGUAAUCUCGUCUGAUCGCAUCAAUUUUCUUGUUUCCAUUUCUUGGCAUAUUUGUUGAUCAAGCGCAGUCGUAGCUGCAGGAUGGCUAUUCCACUUACAAUGGCUGGACCACAGUAUCAUGACGACUUCGAUUCUACACCUAAGCAAGGCUCAACACCAACACAAGAUCAACCUUUAGACCAGCCUCGAGAACGGGUACAACCGUUGUCAGCUCACGAUACGUCAUCUCUUCCCGCCAAAGAUCAUAUAUGGAAGGCCAGACUUAACCUUCGUCUCUUCUCCAUCUGUGUUGACGCUCUUCUUCUUGUCAUUGUCUCUUUAUUGGCCUCUAGUUCUAGUGAUGGAACAAUCUCCAUCAUCUUCUUUGGGGUUAUCACUACCCUUGCUCUAAUAUGGAACUUUGCGGACUCUAUCCAUCUCUGGACCAGAAGAUAUCGCAGCUUUAGUCCCUCCGUACGGAUUUGCCUCGAUCUCCCCUUAUCGAUUCUCUUUGCAAUCUUGUCACUUACCUGUGGCUAUUUCGGUCCUUCGGAUCACGCAGUUCCCGGCUCAGCUCCAAGCACAGACGAGUCACAUCUUGGGAGACGAGCGCUCGGAUGUUUCGGCAUCACCAAAGUGUAAGUCUACUGCUAUGUUGAAGUCUCACAUUUUUAUCUUACUGACUUGCAAUUGGUUUGUUCAGUCUCGUUCACAUGAUUCUAGUUUUCGUGGCUUACUACGAGAGAACACAAGCAAAGUCGUCCACAUUACAAAAUAACUUUGAGAGGACUGAGGGGGAUAUACCCAGAGACGAGGAAGAAGGGUUGCUAUUUAGCGAAGAUUCUGUCUCAAACAGAUAGUCGUGCUCAUUGGCAGCUAGCGACUUGCGUUUCGUUUUCCACGCAUUAUGCCAAUAACAUGGAGAGAUACCAACACAAGGAAGUAACAAGCAUAGGAGAUACCACCACCACUAAAUCCUUUUUUAUCCUGCUCCUAAUUUUCAGUCUCAGUACGUUCAAUGCCCAGUCUCUACCCCAUCACUGCCAACUCACAUCUUCCCACCGCCUGG